ACGGGGAGGGAGGCCGGCUCGCGGCGCGGGAGAGCGGACAGGCGGGCGGGCGGCGGGCCGGGACCCGAGCCCGCGGCUUCCGGGAGGCGCCGGAGGUCGGAUAAAGCCAUUCCGGCUCCCGGGGAGCGGCGGCCGCCGCGGGCACCGCGACCCGCGGGGCUCAGGGCCGACCGGCUGCGGCGCGGCUCCCGCCCUCCUCCCGUGGCCGCGCCGAGCUCCGGAGGGCAGCAGGCUGGGCUGCCGGCGCCCGGGCCGCGGAGCCGAUGAGCGGCGGCGGCUGAGGGCCCGGCCGGCCUCUGCCCGUCCUCUGCCCGGCGCCGCAGCGCCCGGGGCGCGGGGUUCGCGCGGGGGACAUGGGGGCGGACUGACGCGCCGAGCGGCCGAGCGCUCUCUCUCCAGCCGCGGGCCAUCCUCGGAGGCGGCGGCGCCCGGCCCGGCGCGCUCUCGUCGGGCGCCCGCGGGAGCCUCGGCCGCGCUCUAUGCGCCUCUGCGGGCGCCGCGGGCCCGGGCCAUGGCGAUAGACCGGCGGCGCGAGGCGGCUGGCGGCGGGCCCGGGCGGCAGCCGGCCCCGGGCGAGGAGAACGGCUCCUUGCCGCCGGGCGACGCGGCGGCCUCGGCGCCCCUCGGGGGACGUACGGGCCCGAGCGGCAGCGCAGAGAUCCAGCCGCUGCCGGCCGCGCACCCCGCGGUCGGCGGCCCGCACCCGAGCUGCUGCUCGGCGGCUGGGGCCCCGAGCCUCCUGUUGCUGGACUACGACGGGUCGGUGCUGCCCUUCCUCGGAGGCCUAGGCGGGGGCUAUCAGAAGACCCUCGUGCUGCUCACCUGGAUCCCGGCGCUGUUCAUCGGCUUCAGCCAGUUCUCGGACUCUUUCCUCUUGGACCAGCCGAACUUCUGGUGCCGCGGGUCAGGCAGAGACGCGGAGCUGGCGGGGGUCACCGCCACCGGCCGGUGGGGCGCCGGCGACGUGGCCAACUGGACCAGCCCCCCGACCACCCCCUUCGCCACGGCCGCCUGGGGGGCCGCGGGCAAUCUUAGCAAUAGCAGCGGCGCAGACGGGGGCGACACGCCACCCCUGCCGUCCCCUCCGGACAAGGGGGACAACGCCUCCAACUGCGACUGCCACACGUGGGACUAUGGCAUCCGCACAGGCCUCGUCCAAAACGUGGUCAGCAAGUGGGAUCUUGUGUGUGAUAAUGCCUGGAAGGUCCAUAUCGCUAAGUUCUCCUUACUGGUUGGAUUAAUCUUUGGCUACCUAAUAACUGGAUGCAUUGCUGACUGGGUUGGCCGGCGGCCUGUGUUGCUGUUUUCCAUCAUCUUCAUUCUGAUCUUUGGACUGACAGUGGCCCUGUCAGUGAAUGUGACAAUGUUCAGCACACUCAGGUUCUUUGAAGGAUUUUGCCUGGCUGGAAUAAUUCUCACCUUAUAUGCAUUACACACCUGGGCCUUCCCCAGAGCAGCAAGCCCUGGAGCCAAGACCCCGUUCUUCUGGUGGGACCGGCUCUACUGACAGGGCUUUUUCCACCAAGGAAGUGAGUCAAAGCUUACCAAAAGCCUUUGACAAACAAUUUUUUUUUUUUAAAGCUUCAGAAGGAUUUUGGUUUUUUCCAGGUUCAAACUGGCAUGGCUGAGGAAUCAGAAAGAUAGGGGUUUCUCCAUUGGUCUGUUUCUCCACCAGAAGCACAUUAGUAACCCUGCAGACUGACUGUGAAAAGCAAACGAAAUGUAUCAGCAAAAAAUAAUGAAGGCUUUGCCCUCUGCCACCCUGUGUUCCCUGUGUCACACCUCUGCAGGACAUGGAGGACUGAGUGGGAGCAGAAGUUCUGGCUAGCAAGUCGCACUAGGAGGGGUGGCACAGCAGCCAGUCAGGGCCAUGCUGCCCACUGGUCAGAGACUGGAAGGAGUUGUCUAGCAGGGAACCAGCAAAUGCCACCAAGGACUGUUUCUCAAAGUUGAGAAACCUCUCUAUCCCUACUUACAUGUUAGCCAAAACUUGGAUUUAUGUCAAGACUGUCCUCUGAAAACAAAAUGUAAAUGUCUGUCUGUCUGUAGGACAUGUUUACAGGGCAUCACUGAGACCCUAAGCCCAGGCCGGCUCUGCGGAGGUUAGGGCAGGACAGCAUUGUAUACAUUGCCUGAAUGCACAAGUCGGCUUCAGAGUGCACGUUUCUCUGGGUGUUUUAAAUUUAGUGAAGAGAGUCCUGUCUCAAGAAUCAGAAGAAAAAGCAGCAAACAUUUAGAUAUCUGGCAUAUUAAAAUUGGAGUGUUUGGAUGCUCUACAGGGGAGGAUGUUAUUCAAGCUGUGGGUAUUCUUAAGUACUAGAUUUUUCCAGACUGGAAUUUUAGUGGAGCAUGAGAGCUGAAUUUGAAACACAGCUGUUUACCAAUCAAAAAGGGAAAUAGAAAGAUCUGGAAAUCAAGAGAUCUGAACUGUAGUGUGAGCUCCACAUGGAUUGACUCUGUCUGUGACAAAGUGCUUUAUCUCUAAGCUUCUGACUCCCUCUCAAUAAAGUCAGGCCAUAGGUUUUCAAACUGUAUCUCAUUGAACCAUGGGAUCCCUUCCUGGAACCAUUUGUGGGGAAAAUGUUUAGAAAAGAAAAACAAAUGGAUUCUAUCUGACAAUAUUUAAUGCUGCUCUAAAAAUAAAUGACAACAGAAACCAAGUGGAAAACCACUGGUCUACGUCUUACCUUCCAGUUUUAGAAUUCUAUGGCUUUGGAGUUCCAAGCGCAGCCAGUACCAUCCUUCGGUGUUCAGGAUUUCAUAGCUCUGGGGGAGAGGCAUGAAACCAGGGGUGCUUGGCCCUGAACUGUGUUGCUCUGUGUCAUGCCAGAUAAACUCAGCUUCAGAAAGUUUAUAAGUUUUGAUUUUUGGUGACCCUCAUGACAACACAGGCAAACAUUUGAGGGCUUACUAGGUGCCAGGGGAACACGAUAGGUAACUUGAGUACUUACUGGGCACUGUCAGGUGCUGAGCACACGAAGGAGGCAGACUCACCUUCCUGGCCUCCAGGACACUCCGAGUUUAGUGACUAAAGACUCCAGGACAGGCCGUGGUUGGACUGAGAGUGUCAGAAAGCAACCCCUGAGCCACUGCAUUUUGCAGGGUUAGGGAGAGUAGGGAUUUGCUAUUUGCAAGGCCAAAGGAGCCCAGUACGUCUGGGUACUGUGGGUGACUAGGGGCCAGAGGAGUCUAGUGUCUGAAUUAUGAAUAGCAAAGCCUGGGAAGGAGUUUGGGACAAUGUACAAAGAGUCUAUCCUCCAUGACCUUAGGACAGUGCCAGGCUACUGAAGGGUCUCAUGCUAAAAGGCAAAUCUUUAGAUGCAUGCUUGGGGGGACCACUCAGGCUGUGGCAGUGGAGAACAGCCCAAGGUGAACGGCUGGAAGGCUGUAGGAGAUUUUACAGAAGUGGAAUCCACAGCCUUCAUGAUUGAAGAAUGGGGAAAAGGAAGAAGGAAGGGGCAGGUUACCAGCUCGAGCUCCUGGGUAGAUUUCCCUCCGAAUGGUUGUAUUCCAUAUCCUAUAGAUUUCGAAGCUACUGGACACUCCCUUUCUCUGACAGGUUUGGUGGGCAAAGAUGACCCCUUCAGUUUCAGAUCUAAUGAGUUGGUGGUGCCUUAGGGGCAUCUGAGGGCUUGAUUUAGCAGGUGAUGUAGAAGUUCAGGAGCAAGGUCCAUGUUCCUCAGCAUAAUGGUAGCAGAUAAAGGCUUUGGAAUAGCCGAGAUCACCCAGAGACUGUGUACGAGAAAUAAAUGGCUAGAGGGGAAGAACCGGUUGGGGGAGAUGGCAGGAAACAGCCUGAGGGGUCAGUCCAAAUCGGCUGAGAACCCAGGAGCCGAGACGGUGUCCAAUGAUGCGAGACGAGGUUUGAGGAUUGAGAAAUGACCCGUGGAUGUGGCAAUGAUUGCCCAGUAGGUCAGAGGUAAGUGGACAAAAGCGACUGUCAUUCAAUUCACUGAUUAAACUAUUUCAAGCUUAGGUUUUAAUUCAUGUAUUCCCCAGAGGAGUACAGUCUUAUCCUUUUGUCAAGUAUUUUAAAAAGAAAAUAACUUUUUUUUAUUGUGUAAAACAAAAUAUAUGUAACAAAGUUUACCAUUUCAACCAUUUUAAAGUGCACAGUUGAGCAGCUUAAGUAAUCCACAUUGUUGUGCAAGAAAAUAACUUUUUGACAUGGUAAAUGUUCAUUAAUUGGGUAGAAAAGACUGAAUUGGAACACAAAUUGGUAAUGACUGUUUUUUCCUGAAGUCACCUGAAACACUAUCUAAACAUGGCUCAAUGAGAGGGAGCUCCGAACUCCAGCUGAUUUGGAGAUGCAGUUGUGUUCUCCAUGUGACAUUAUGUUGCUCACACUGAAGGUGGUAUCGGAAGACUGGCCGUGCACCCCACACUCUUAUCAACACUUGUGCGUGCAUGUGCGCAUCACAUGUCAGCAGUUGGAAAGAUCCUGGAAACGAUCCCAAUGGUGUAAGCCAGGCCCCACUACUCCCCCGUGUGAUCUUGGACAAGGUACUUCUCUCUAAAUCGGUUUUCUCCCUUGUGCAAAGAUUGAGAGGAUGAAUGUGAUCACCAUCAAUAAACCAUGAAGAUCAGAAAAAUGUUGGUGGGCAUGUGUGUUUGCACAAGUUCUUCUGUCCCAUGGCAUCCACCAUUCUGCCAAAAGCAGGAAUUGCACUGAGAAAACCAAUGCUUUCCUCUUCCAGUAAGCCUUCUCGAGCACCGAAAACUUAGCUGAACAGAACUUUGCACUGGGGCUGGCUACUGGCUUAGGGUCGUCUAAGACAGUGACAGAUAUGGGGCAAGAAUCUGCUUCCUAAUCGUUUCUCCAGUGACCGGCUUAAUAAAUUACCUCUCCUAUAACAUCCAUUCAGAGCUCCAGAGACUGGAUUUUCGAAGUCCUAACCACCUCAGGGUGGGAAAAGAAUACACUGAAGGAAAAACUCUCCUGGACCAAAACACCCACAGGGGCCCUGGCUCUCCUGUUGGACAGCAGGACUGCAUAUCCGUCCCACCCAGACUACUCCAUUAACUGAUGAGAAAAGACACUAAAUAACCAGGUAGUCAUUUUCAACAUUUAUCUUACAUAUAUUUGGAAAAGCUCUCCCUUCCAUUUCCCUGUUUAGCCAAUCCCUGUUUUAUAAAUGUGUCUAUAUACAUUUUGUCUCUGUUUUUAAAUGUUAACUGAGGAAACUUGCCCACUGUCCUUUGACACAGCCUCCUGUGGUCCUGUUUACGCCGUGCUCUGCUGUGAAGUGUCCCUGGCUUUCCUUCAUGUUAGGAUGAAGACAGUCCUCCUGGUGGCAUGACCUGUGGGAAACCAUCUGUUCCCAGGACAGGCAGUGUGAGGAUGAGCGUUACUUUGAAGUAGCUCAAGGCUCUUUUUCUGUCGUAUUUCCCAACGACUUUUCGGAAGGGAAAGCUAUUCAGGAAUUGCCUUCCAUUCACUGGUCCAAGACCAUGUAAGGCCUGGCAAGUUUGGGGGAAAUGAUGUUUGGUGCCUUGUUUUGUUUGCCAUGUUGUGCUCUCCGAGGAAGGUCCCCCAGUGUGCAGGCCUCAGGAAGCAUGUGAGUGAGGGCGAGCCGGGUUGUCCUGUGAACAUUGCCUGGUUGCAGAGACCCAGCGGGCCUUUUUCCCUGGAGUCCACCAAACUCCAUGGCAGGCGCGAGGGCCUGGCCUCUGCUAUAUCUGCAGCUCCUGCUGGUGACCCCUCUGGGUAUUUUAACAGCUCUGACCACUGCCUAGAAACCCACCUCCAGGAGUCUGAGAAGCCAGGGAAGGGCUACAGCCGGUCCGGGAUGCUCCAGGAUGAGACCUCUGUUCUCAGGGGUGGCACUGCCAGGUGACCAAGUGGGGCAGCUCAGAGGCCCCCAUGUGGACUUCCUUCUGAGUCUGCCAUGUGGAAUAGAGACCAGAAAAUGAUGGGUUUCUAACCGGGGGCUGCUGUUUCCCUGCAUUUCACCUUCGGUAGGGCCUUUGAUGGUUCUUGUAGAAAGCUGUGCUUUGUGUCCAACCGGACUUGGCUCUGCACACCUACUUUGAAAGCUGAAAGGUGUUUGUGUCUCCUCUAACCUGUGCCUUUUGAAAGCACCUCUGCUUCAUAUUUGCUUUGUGUGGGGUUCCGAGAAAGGGCUCAGAACUCCCUCCAAACCACUGUCAGGGUGGGGACAGGACAGGAAUUUAGUUCUAGCCCAGCACCUGAGCCAAGUCAGUUUUACAUAAGAAAGGACUUUUGCUAGUUUCAGUGUGACUUGGAAUUUCUGUUUCUUCCCUAACAUCUUUUUAAUUUGUCCAGUUGGCAUUGCUGUCCAUAUGGGUAAGGCCCCAGGAAACUGCAGGGUCACAAGGGGCUCCAGAGAUGGAGUAGAAUGUGGGGAUAAAUACAACUUAUCCUUGUUGAUAGUUUUUACUGGCUCCUUUGUGCUGGAGUGGGGCGUGUGCCUGUUCUUACGGUCCUCUGCUGGGAGGCUGCUGGCCUUUCAUCUCUGAUCAUUUGCUCACUGUUUAGCUGGCAUCAGUGCUUGAAGCAUGAUUUUGUCUGGUGUCUCGUUAUAUUACUCUCUUGCCCGGAUCAGUAGGUAGACAGACAGACAGAUAGAUAGGCAGCUGUCUCACUUCUUUCCCUGUAGAAGGAAUCCCAGGCAGCUCUGCUGUGAAGGGUUAAACGGAAGAGCUCCGGAGACCCUUGUGUCGGCACUUCCCUUCUGUGAGCUGCAGCAUGUGCGUGAGCGGUGUGCCUGUGGGUGGUGCUGUGCAGCUGAGGACUAUUUUGAUGUUAAGGAGAAAAAAAGGAGGACUGAAGAAGUUAUGGUGGUAGUUGUUUGAUAACAAGAGUUAGGUAUUUGAGCACUUUCUAAGUUUAGUACUUUGCUGAGUUUCAUUCAUACACACACACACAACACACACAUACAUAUAUAUAUUUAUAUUUCAUACUAACUAUACAAAGUAGAUCUGCUAAUAGUCCCAUUUUACAGAGAACUGAGACCUCCAAUGUCUACUUCACUAGUGGGACCUUUGAGCAAGAACUAACAUGUAUUGGACUUUACAGUGCACCUUGAUGCUGUGCUGAAUGCAAUAUAAGUAUUUCAUUUAAUCCACCCUAUAAUCCUAUUACUAUCCCUGUUUUACAUAUGGAAACCUGAGGUGUCCCCACCCACAAACCAAGAACAGAGGAGCCAACCCUGGAAGUCGGGCCUGCAGGGUGCCAGCACCCGUGUGCAUAACUGGAAUGGCCCUCUUUCUCAUUGACUUAAAAUGUUCUUGUAUUAUUAAAUGUGUAUGAAUAUCCCAUAAGGAAUUUGCAUUAAUUCUUAUAACUUCUAAAUAACUAUACGACCAAAAUGUUAACAACAUCCUAUUCCAAAACCAAUACAAUUCAAAUUAAUAGUAGUACUUUAAUGUGACUGUUGAUGUUUUUCCCUGAAAAUGGAAUCACCCAUUCACCCUUGUUGGGUUAAACAGCAGAAAGAGAGCUUCAGAUUCAAUUUCACAUUUAAUCUAUUUUAGAAUGUGGACUUGAAAAAUUCCAGUGUACCUGAUGAGUUCUGCUGCUUGAAAUAGCGCUGACAAUUUUAAGGCUUCACUAACACAGAACACCCAAACCUCAUCUUCCACCACGGCUCAUGGGCCUGCCUAAGUCACUCACUUUAAUAGGAUGCUUCUUGACAGCUCUGCUAACCUGUCUACUUCUCUUGAAGAUAAAGUUAGAUUUGUGGCAUUAUUAAAAUACUAAUUAAAUAGGUAUGCAAUCCAUUUUUGACUGGAAUUGAGAUGAAAAACCUUCAUUACAACCAGUUUCCUAUGCUCUUCUGCUAAUGAAGUUGGCCUUUGCGGAGACAAUGGGCACGGCCCCUGUAUGCCCAGCCUGAUGCCGGCCUCGGUGGAGGUCAUC